GCCUCCGGGCCGGAAGCGGGAGAUUGCAAGGGCGGGCCGACUGGCAUUCCCCUUUCCGGCAGGUCCCCAUGGAGGCGCUGGGGAAGCUGAAGCAGUUCGAUGCCUACCCCAAGACUCUGGAGGACUUCCGGGUCAAGACCUGCGGGGGCGCCACGGUGACCAUCGUCAGUGGCCUCCUCAUGCUCCUACUGUUCCUGUCCGAGCUGCAAUAUUACCUCACCACGGAGGUGCAUCCCGAGCUCUACGUGGACAAGUCACGGGGAGACAAACUGAAGAUCAACAUCGAUGUUCUCUUCCCACACAUGCCUUGUGCCUAUUUGAGCAUUGAUGCCAUGGAUGUGGCGGGGGAACAGCAGCUGGACGUGGAACACAACCUGUUCAAGCAACGUCUAGACAAGGAUGGCAUCCCCGUGAGCUCAGAGGCUGAGCGGCAUGAACUUGGGAAAGUGGAGGUGACAGUGUUUGAUCCAGAUUCCCUGGACCCUGAUCGCUGUGAGAGCUGCUAUGGAGCUGAAUCGGAAGACAUCAAGUGCUGCAACACCUGUGAAGAUGUGCGGGAGGCAUAUCGCCGUCGAGGCUGGGCCUUCAAAAACCCAGACACUAUUGAACAGUGCCGGCGAGAGGGCUUCAGCCAGAAGAUGCAAGAGCAGAAGAAUGAAGGUUGCCAGGUGUAUGGCUUCUUGGAAGUCAACAAGGUGGCUGGCAACUUCCACUUUGCCCCUGGGAAGAGCUUCCAGCAAUCCCAUGUGCAUGUCCAUGACUUGCAGAGCUUCGGUCUUGACAAUAUCAACAUGACUCACUACAUCCAGCACCUUUCAUUUGGGGAGGACUAUCCAGGCAUCGUGAACCCCCUGGACCACACCAACGUCACUGCGCCCCAAGCCUCCAUGAUGUUCCAGUACUUUGUGAAGGUGGUACCCACAGUGUACAUGAAAGUAGAUGGGGAGGUGCUGAGGACUAAUCAGUUCUCUGUGACCAGACAUGAGAAGGUAGCCAAUGGGCUGCUGGGUGACCAGGGCCUUCCUGGAGUCUUUGUGCUGUAUGAGCUCUCACCCAUGAUGGUGAAACUGACAGAGAAGCACAGGUCCUUCACCCACUUCCUGACCGGCGUGUGUGCCAUCAUUGGGGGCAUGUUCACAGUGGCUGGACUCAUCGAUUCACUCAUCUACCACUCUGCCCGAGCCAUCCAGAAGAAAAUUGAUCUAGGGAAGACAACGUAGUCAUCUUCCCCCUCCCCCCUUCCCCCUUUCUCUUCUUUCUCUUUGACCUGUGGUUAUAUCCCCUACCCUCUUCCACCUGCCCCACCUCCCGCCUCCUCAGUCUACCCCAGCCCAAGGUUGAUAAAUAUGGAUUGUGAUAGUA